AGUGUUUUUUGUUUACCCUGGCGCAUGUGGACUGACCGUAUAUGAAUGGUGGAGUGACGUGAACCGAGAGAAGAGGAUAACAAUGGCUAUGGCUGUCCUCUCGUCUUCACUUCCUCCACUCUCCAACUCACUUCCAACUUCCACCUCCUCCUCCAAUCUCUGUUGCCCAAGAAUCUACUCCUCCUCUUCCUAUCACCUCCGCCGGCGACUCCUCCGGCCAAUCAUUGCUUCUCAGCUCUGCGCUCCCCAGACCUUCAAAAUCGAUAAAUCUUCACUCGUUGUCGCCGAAACUGUAUCCGAGGACCAGCUUUGGGCCGCCGCCUGUCUCCGCAUUCGCUCUUUCUAUCAAUUUGGCCCAUCUUACGGCAUCGAUGAUCAUAAAGGGUAUUUGGCUGAACGUGAGUUUGAAGCACUAAAGGAACGUGUUGCUGGGAAGAGAGAGGGUUUUAGAAGGGUUUCUUGCAUAAAUGCAACUAUUCCAUUAUCACAAAUAUCCAGCUUUUCAGAUGAUCUAUGUGCUGCAUGUAAGUUUACUCACAAUGGAGAAGACCGAGUUGUAGUUGGAACCCUUGAUCUCAACCAAUGUGUGAGUCUUCCUGAUGAAAUAACAGGAAUGAAGCCACAGGGCAUUGGAGCUGAUUUUUUAAGGGCAUACCUGAGUAAUGUAUGUGUUGCCAAGGAGCUGCAUAGAAAUGGGUUGGGUUCUGCACUUGUAGCAAAGUCAAAGAUGGUUGCUCAAGAAUGGGGCAUAACUGACUUGUAUGUCCACUUUGCGGUUGACAAUGAACCUGCAAAGCAGUUAUACAUGAAGAGUGGUUUCAUAUAUGAGAAUGAUGAACCAGCAUGGAAAGCCAGGUUUCUAGAUCGACCCCGAAGGAUUCUUUUAUGGACGGGUCUCCCUGUCAACUAUGAUGUGUAAUGUUAUAAUACAUCAAGGUGAUGUAGUGCCAUAAUUCUUUUAUGUUUGUAAAUUUGAUAUACAAAUGUUUAUAGUAACUUACAAGAAACUAUGUUUUCAUUUGAAAUGUAAAGCAAGUUUAUCAUUACAUCUCUGGUUAGAGAAAUUAUUACUAUUGUGAUGUUUCCAACUAAGGAAUCAGUAAGUAUUGAAUUGAAUGGAAAUAUAUUUGUCUUUCC